AUGCCAUCCAACCAAUCGAACACUCCUUCGCCUCUGGGCCCCGAUGCAUCUGCGGCGCCCGGUGAGGUCGGCAACGAGGGCCGGGCACACUCGCCUAGACGCCAAGCAUCAAGAAGGCCCCAGAAUGAGGCGGUAUACUGGCAUAGGCGGAACCUAGCGGCCCGUCGCAGAGAGCAAGCUGCGACAGACCCAGGCCCGCCCUCUGGCGGUCUGGAGCUGGUCAACACUAUCGGCAGAGAGCCGGGCAAUGCUGGCCACCGGGAGGGUCGCCGUGGCUUCCCUGACACCACCCUCAGCUCCGUUGGUCCCGACAUCACCAUCAGCGCCGAUGAUCUCGACGUCAUCCUCGGCCCCGUUGGUCCCGAUACCGCCCACAGUGUCGUUGAUCCUGCCACCACUCCCAGCUUCAUUGAUCCCAAUACCAUCCCCAGUCUUUCUGGCCCCAAUACCACCUCCAGUGUUGUCGGCCGCGACACCAUUCGCAUGGCUGUUGGCCGCAAUACCACUCUCACUGCUGUUGGCCCUGAUACUACACCCAGUGUUGUCGGCCGCGAUACCACUCUCAGUCAUGUUGGCCGCAAUGUCACUCUCACUGCUGUUGGUCGCGGUAUCACAUCUAGUGCCAUUGGUCCCGAUAGCACUCCCACUGUCAUUGCCCCCAACACCACUCUCAGUCGCAGCCAGAGGGCCAGACGGACAAACCCCGGCCCAGCUCGCCGACUCUACACUGAGGUCGAGCAGCCUGAUCCCUCUGAGCCUCAGAUGAUGCAUCGGCCGUUGGUGCGUCGGCAAGGGCAGAACGGAACCCGCUACUACACGCCGAGUCGUGGCGAGGAUGCAACGAUCGCGACGUUCUUGAGAAACAACCCGCUUCCCACUCGAGGCAGGUCGCGGUCUCGCCGUCCAACAAUCAGCGAGACCAACGCGUCACGUCGGGAUGUGGAGGAGGGCGGCACUGUUGCUCCCGUCGCCAUUCCUACAGAGGCAUCUGGCCCAGCUGCGGCCCAGCAAGAUGGAGAUAGCCAUCCUCGCCCCGUCGGCGAUGUGGUACUCACAAACCACAUCGGACACAGCCCUCCCGCCAGUGACUCUGAGGAGGACUGGGAGACGGUGUCUCCGGACGACAUCACCAACGGCGUUCAGAGCGGCGUGGCUGUUGUCACGUCGGAGAAUGGCUCCAUCGGGGACUCGCCCGCUUAUGGCCAUGCUGGAACUUUCGCUGGGAUUCCUCAGGAGGCGCUCAAGUUCGUCAUCUCCACAACACUGAAGUUCAUCAUCUCCGCAACAGAGCCUGCCCUUCUGCUUAGUGUCGAGGAGCUUUGGGACCACUACGACGGAGCGAGCAGUCCCCACCCUCAAGACACUGGAGCUGUUGGACAAGUCAGGAUCAAAGAAGUUGCCAUUCAUGACGACAUCACCGCGGACACUACUGUCGACGAAGCUGGUGCCGACAGAGCUGGUAUCGACAAAGCCGCCGUUGAUAAAGUUGUCGCCAAGCCCCAAGAGUCUGCCUCAGGUAGCAAGGAAGCUGAUGUCAGGCCUCGGGAGUCCGUUGUAAUCAAUAAAAACAUUGAUAUCAAUACUCAUGAGUCUGCCAUAGUCAAUACGAAAAUUGGUACCGAGUCUCAGAAGCCUGCUCCAGCCAGCAAGCAAUCCGCCGUCAAGCCCCAGGAGCCUGCUCCAACCGACAAGCAAGCUGCAGCCAAGACUCAUCAGUCUGCUAACAUCGAUCAGAACACUGAUGUCAAGACCCAUCAGCCUGCCAACAUCAAUCAGAAAGCCGACGUCAAGUCUCGAGAGCCUGUUCCAGCCAGCAAGGCUAGAACUCUCACAGGCGUCGAUAAGGCUAGCCCCAGCAGAGCUGCUGUCAAGCCGCAAGAGCUUACUCCCGUCAGCAAGACCAACGUUCCUGAUGUCGUUGGUCAGCCUGCCCAGAUGAAGCAUUCCAACUCGGCCCGCGAGAUUGAUGAUGCUGGAGCUGUCGAUGUGAUCUACGAGCGUCGAUCCGGUCACGCGCCCAGCACCAUCAGUGACUGCACGUCGUCCUAUCCACCGGUCGCGUUCACGUAUGACAUCGAGAAAGAUCCUCAUAUCAGGAUUAAGUUCGCGCAGAGCAAGACUCCUCGUGACACUCACACCUACGCUGCUCCUUGGCAAACGCCCAUGGACGGUCGCUCCCUGCGGAAGGGCGAUGCAGAGGCCUACCACUGGCGUGAGAAGGUACCCAACCUCUUCUAUGGCAGCCCGAACCUUGACGACGGACCUGAUGUGCAGAGGUUCACGGCUCUUGUACAGGAAAAGAGCGACUGCGAUGUCGAUCCGCAAGAUCUCGCCUUUCAGACUCCAUAUGUGACAAGGGACACUCUCCGCAACCCAGUUGACACUGUCAAGAUGCAGGAUUCCCGGCGAAAGCGCCUGCACAUCCAACUCAAGAAGAAGAGCACGGAUGCCGAGACCCGCAGUGCCAUGUCUCACGGUCCUUGCCCUCUGGCUCAUCUGGUCAGGGUUCCAGCCUUUGAGCCCGAUCUGACAUGCUAUCUACGACCCGCAAACGAGUCGGACCUGGAGGCCAUGCAGGCCAUGUACAACUACGAGGUCAACCAUGGCACGCAGUCCAGGGACGUGCAGGAGGUCACGGGCGAAAGCAUGACCGCCACACUAGAGAUGUGCCGGGCCUUGAGCCUGCCCUUCAUCGCCGUCAUCGCCGGCCUGGAGCAUGACGUCCGGGGCAACAAGAAGUUGGUGGCGGAGGGCCAGACACCGGAGCCAGAGAGGGGCACGGUGCUCGGCUUCGCCUUCCUGUGCAAUUACUUCCAUGGUUUCUGUGGCGCCGGCAACUCGACUGGCAACUCGGUCGUCCGCCUGAGCAUAGUCGUCCACCGGGCGCAUCGGCGCAAGUUCAUCGCCCAUGCGCUGAUGGACAAGCUGAUGCACCUGGUGUGCCCCGACUAUGACUACCAGGAAGCGGCGGCAUUUAUCGACCAUGACGGGAGCCCAGCUCACCGUGGCCCGGGCUUCGCGCCCCGUCAAUACCGGCAUAUCAUUGCCGAGGCCAUGGUGCAGCAGGGCGACCAACGGUCGCUAGAGGGCCUCCAGAAGAUGCUGGGGGACCGGUUCGGGUUCGCCCGGUGGACCGAGCUCAACCAGAGCCACGAGCACCAGGGCGCGCUCUACAACCUGGUCUCCUGGCGCCGGGAGGUCCGGCCGGUCGCCCCGGCCGCCCCGGCCCAGUAGGCGCCCGUCCUCCCCGCUCCCGGCUCCCCCCCUCCCCCCUCCCCCCUGUG